AUGAACAAUUCCACCCUGGUGACUGAGUUCCUCCUGGAGGUUUUUGCUGAGUCUUGCGAGCUCAGAAUCCUUCUCAGUGUGCUGUUCCUGCUGGUGUACCUGGGCAGCCUGUUCGGGAACCUUAUCAUCAUCAUUGUUACUACAGUUGACCAGACACUGAACACACCCAUGUAUUUCUUCCUCAGGAAUCUGUCUAUUGUAGACAUGUGUUAUGUUUCUGUCACUGUCCCAAAUGCUUGUUUCAACUCUCUCACUGGCCAGAGGAAUAUUUCUGUGACUGGGUGUGCAGCACAAAUCUUUUUUGUCUUCUUUUGUGCAUGUGUAGAGAUGUUUUUUCUCACCAUCAUGGCCCAGGACCGCUAUGUGGCCAUCUGUAAGCCUCUGCUCUACCCUGUGAUCAUGAACCACCAGUUCUGUGUUCAGAUGACACUGGCUUCCCUACAUAGCUCUCUUAUCAUUGCAAGUGUGCACACUUUCAAAACUUUCCAACUGUCCUUCUGUCACUCUAAUGUGGUUCCUCAGUUCUUCUGUGAUAUCCCCUCUUUGUUGAAGCUUUCAUGUUCAGAUACCUUUAACAACAAACUCUUAAUGCUAAUCUCUGCCAUUAUCAUUGGUUGCAGCUGCUUUACAUUCAUUGCUGUAUCAUAUUUUAGGAUAUUAUCAACUGUGUUGAAGGUUCCUGUCAAAGGAGAGAGAGGGAAAGCCUUUUCCACCUGUGUCCCUCACAUUGUUGUGGUGUCUGUGUUUCUUAGUUCUUCUACCUAUGUGUAUCUAAGACCUCCAGUACCAACAUUAGAAGUAGUUAAGGAGAUGGCUCUUUCUGUGUCUUAUACGAUUGUCCCACCAUUCUUAAAUCCUAUCAUCUAUAGUCUUAGAAACAGACAGAUAAAGGAGGCUGUGAAGAAAGUAAUAUUAAGAAUUUCUUUGGUAUUUGAAUAUAAAAGAAAUGAGUAUUUGUUAGAGUUUUCUAGAGUAAGAAAGUUGAAAAAAUAA